AUGCCGACAGUCCUCCUCCUAGGUACCUGCGACACCAAACUCAGCGAGCUGCUGUACACGAAGGCGCAAAUCGAGUCGCAUAGCUCAUGCACCGUGCUAAUAAUGGACAUCGGACGCAACAACACCUCCCACCCAGAUAUCAGUAUCACACAGUCUGACCUACUCAGCUCGAAAACUAAUCUAUCCAAUCUCGAUCGCGCAGAAUACAUCAGCGCUCUUGCUCCUCACGCUACAGCCCAAACAUCCAAUCUCCUACACAAAAACCGCAUACAUGCGAUCCUGGCCAUCGGCGGCUCCUGCGGUACCGGGCUAGCGUCGACUGUGAUGCGCGACGCGCUACCAGUGGGGUUUCCCAAGCUCAUGGUCUCGACCAUGGCGUCCGGCGACGUUGCGCCGUAUAUAGGCGAGACGGAUAUCGCGAUUAUGUACAGCGUGGUCGAUAUCGCAGGACGCAAUCGCGUGCUGGACCGGGUGCUUGCCAACGCUGCUGGAGCUAUUGCCGGGAUGGCUAGCUCGUACUAUUCCUCCCAAUCAGAUGACAAAGGAAAAGGACAGGAGAAAGAGGGCGGAAAGGGCUGCCGAAUAGCUAUCUCCAUGUUCGGGGUCACGACUCCGGCUGCGAUGCGCGCGCAGGAGUACUUCAAAGAGCGUCUUCCAGGGUGCGAAGUGUACAUCUUCCACGCGACGGGGUCGGGCGGUCGAGCUAUGGAGCGGCUUAUUCGCGAGGGUCAGAUCGACGCCGUGCUGGACCUGACUACGACGGAGAUGGCGGAUGAGGUUGUGGGCGGAGUGCUUAGUGCCGGACCGGAGAGGCUAUACGCUGCUACCGAAAUGGAUAUUCCGAGAGUGAUCAGUGUGGGAGCUUGCGAUAUGGUGAACUUUGGUAGUCCGGAGACGGUUCCGCGGAGGUUUCAGAGUGGUGGUGAUGAUGGUAGCGAUGGGGGACCGAAGAGGCUGUUCCACGAGCAUAAUCCUGCGGUGACGCUUAUGCGGACGACGGGGCAGGAAUGUACUGCUAUUGCGCGGCGGAUUGGAUACAAUAUUCGGGGUGCGGGAGGACGGAAGUGCACAGUGGUUCUUCCCACUGAUGGUGUUAGUAUGCUUGAUGCACCGGGGCAGCCGUUUUGGGACCCUGAGGCGGAUAAGAUGCUCUUCGACAUGUUGGAGGAGCAGGCGAAAGCUGCUGGGAUUCCUGUGGUGCGAGACUCGAGGCAUAUCAAUGAGCCUGAGUUUGCACAAGCAGUGGCGGAAGACUUGGUACAGUUGAUACAGGGAAAACUCAACGAGGAGACGGGCGUCGUCUACAGAUAG